GUGUGUGCGCUGAACAAAUUGUCAAAUGCGCGUAUAGAGGCAAGACGCGAUUUGUCUGUAGAAAAACUUUGCUUAUCGAUUACGCACGUAACACAUUGCUUCAGCUAUAACCGUGAAAAUUUUUGAAAUAAAUGUGCUAACAAUACUGCUGCUGAAAGGAUAAUCGGAGGCAUGAUGCUGUAGUUGUGAGGGCAGAGAAACGCACAAAAGGAUUAUUGAAACAAAAGCUCCUCGCUGCAGGGCAGGAAGUGUCAGGGCGUAACGGAAGCAGUUAGUCCGACCAGACGACAGCGUCCGACUAGACAGCAGACAAACAUAUACCUAUAUAUACACACACAUACACGUAUACAAAUAUAUAAAUGAAUCCGUAUAAUGCAGCUGGUGGCGGUGGUGCGGCCAAUCCGUUUGGGGCGCCCGCCUCGAGCGUCGGCUACGGCCAGCCACAACAGCCGGGCAUGGGCUAUGGCUACGAGCAGCAGUCGACUGGGGGCUACGAUCAGGGCGGAGGAGCGGGCAUGGGUUACGGGCAGCCGCAGCAGGUGCCUGGCUAUGGACCACAGGGCGUCAGACCGCGCGUCGAUGUGGAGGCCACUGGUGAAGUGGAUCCCAGUUUAUAUCCGGAGGCCAAGGACUCAACGCACAAAGUACGCGGCGCUUCGGGCAUCAUAGAGAUGUUCUUUGGCGGCACGGAGCAGGAGCUGAUACCCGUGAAGAGUUUCUAUUUCUUCUUCUAUGCGGCCUUCGGCUCGCUCUUUCCACUGAUGGGCGUCUACUUCAAGCAGAUGGGCAUGAAUCCGGGCCAAUGCGGCAUCCUCGUCGGCAUGCGGCCCUUCGUCGAGUUUCUGUCGGCGCCCUUCUGGGGCUCCUAUGCGGAUCGCUGUCGCCAGGGCAAAAAGCUGUUGCUCGCCUCGCUCGCCUGCUGGGUGCUCUUCACCAUUCCGCUGAGCUUCAUCCGCCCGGAGGCGGUCAACUGCAUCGAGCGCCGCAAUGCCACCGACUUUGUGCUGACGUAUACGCGCACCAAGCGCGACACCUCCGCCAUGUACGAUCCGAGCAGCCAGCUGGAACUGGAGCAGGAGCUGGCCUACGACGAUGCCCAUGGCGACGAGACGGAGCACAGCCGGCACAAGAGAUCGCUGCUGCUGCCGCGCAUCGAUGCGGGCAUCUCGCCGGUGCACAUCAACUUCGUGAGCAACUACGAUGACAAGCAUCAUCGGGACUAUGUGACGCCCAUCUUCAGCUCCAUGGUCUACCGCACGCCGGACAUCCAGAAGGCGUUCUUCCUGCUGCUGCUGGUCAUUCUGAUUGGUGAGUUCUUCAGUGCUCCGGCCAUCACACUGGCCGACUCGGCGGUCAUCACGCUGCUCGGCGAGGAUGCGGAUAAGUACGGACAUCAGCGCAUGUUCGGCUCCUUGGGCUGGGGCAUCUCGAUGUUUCUGGUCGGCAUUGCCCUGGAUCACUCCACUUCCUUCUCGAAUCAUCCGUGCGGCGCCGGCAACAAGGAGAAGAACUACAACAUAUGCUUCUCCAUCUUCUCGGUGCUGAUGACGUGCGCCAUCAUCUCCGCCUCGAAGAUCACCUUCAAGUACGAGCCGGUGGACGAGAGCCAGCAGCAGGCGGCCGCUCAAUUCGUGGAUCCCAACAAGAAGGCCGAGGAGGAGUCCAUGAAUCAGCUGGCCGCCCAGCUCAACUUACCAUCACUGGCAGUGGGUAGUGGCAGCGCCGCUUCGGGUGCCUGCUCCGGUGGCUUGAGCAGCUUCACUGGCGCCGCCCAUCAGCCGCAGCCGCAUAUCGGCGCCGAGUCCAAGGUGUUCGCCCAGACGGCCAAGGAGUUGCCCGAAUGGGUGACUGUGCUGACACAUUUCAAGGAUCUGAAGACGGCCUCAUUUCUGUUUGUCGCCUGGUUCAUGGGCUUCGGCAUUGGUCUGAUCUUCACCUUUCUGUUCUGGCAUCUGCAGGACUAUGGCGGCACGCCCACCCUGUUCGGUGUGGCGUCCGUCAUCAAUCAUGUGUCCGAGAUUUUUGCGUAUUUCUUCAGCUUUCGCUUGAUCACCCAGAUCGGGCACGUCAAGGUGCUCUGCCUGGGCCUAAUUGGCAAUGUGUUGCGUUUUCUCUAUAUCUCCUAUCUGACCAAUCCGUGGAUGGUGUUGCCCUUCGAGCUGAUGCAGGGCAUCACCCAUGCCGCCGUCUGGGCCGCCUCGUGCUCCUACAUUGCACACAAUACGCCCAAGCAUCUGCGCGCCUCGUCCCAGGGCGUGCUCCAGGGCAUCCAUCAUGGCUUGGGUCGCGGCUGCGGCGCCAUCAUUGGCGGCAUGUUUGUCACCUAUUACGGUACUACUGCUACCUUCCGUUGGUAUGGUAUUGCCUGCCUCUUUGUGCUCGGCCUCUUCAUCUUCAUCAACUUCUAUCGCAAGGAGCAGGGCUUCAUAUCGGAUAUACCCGUUACCGAGGAUCCGCAUCAGGUGGCCGAAGAGACUUCCCAUUUGGCGCCACAUGGUGUGCCCAGCAAUCCAAUACCUCGCGCUCUGUCCAAUACGCGUCUGAACGAAAUGAAUCCAAAUGGCGGACCCUAUGGCACCUACCAGACAACUGGCGGCAAUCUGGACAUACCCGGCGCCAAUCCGCACAAUCCGUUUGCACAGUAAAAAAGGCCAGAGUGAAUCUAACUGAACUCCAGACUUCCCACAUAACAAACCAUCCUCGCAUACCAUAAAAAGAACCAUCACAAAUACAUGCUCACAUAGUCAUGGACACAACAGCACAGAUUGAACAAUAUAUAUAUAUAUAUAUAUAUGAUGUAUAUGUAUAUACAUAUAUAACCGAAAACAUAUCUUGGACAUUGGCCUGCAAUAUAUAAAUUGCUAAAUGCAUUGCUUUAUUAUGGGUUUUGGUGCUUGAAACAUACAUACAUAGCAAACACAAACAAACAUACAUACAUAUAUAUGCCAUAUACAUAUAAACAACUACCAACAAA